AUGAAGCUCCACACGAAGUUUAACCGUGGAAAAAUGUUUCAACAAGUUAAGUCCGUUGCCAACCAUAAUGGCUACGGUAAAGAUGUUAAAUUUAAAGUUCUGUCCCGUACGUGUGGAACCAGGUUUAGUACGUCGCAGUACAGUGAGUUCCUCAAACUCUCUGAGAGCCUUCUUCUGUAUAUCGAUACAUUCAGAAAGUAUGGCUACGAUGAGGAUGACGAGUACGAAAUCACAGGAAAAGACUUUGUGGUGGAUCUUCUUGCUUUGACAGAUCUUAUGAGUCCAAUGGUCGACUUACUAGUCAGUCUUCAAUGUUUGUCCGUCCCAUCGUGGAAAAUCUGCCUUUGGUGGUCAAAAGUCAGACAACGUAUCCAGAAAUGUAUUCCAAUUUCAUUUGAUUCUCCUGACCUUCCAUUGACAUCAAAUAAUAUAAGAGAUAUCAAGAAAGGGAAAUUUAAGGGAACAAAAGUUGUACCUGGAUGGCUCAAAUUUGAGAAGAAUGUCUUUGAAGAAGUGUCUGAUGGGAAGAAAACUACAACAACUAAAUGGCGUGCUCGAGAUCUUAAGGUCUGCCGAGUGGACUUGGAGGUUUUUCGUGUCGCAAUGAUUAAGUCAAUUGAUCUUCGAUUUUCUGGUAAAUCUGUUAAACGUAUGCAGAAGCAAAUUGUAGCAGUUGACCUUGACGAGCUAAUUUCAUUGUGUUGCGGUCACAAAAAUCUAACUGCCGUUGUCGUUGAUGAGGUAAAGUUUGAAAACUAUGGAAAGCAAGAAUUCCUGUCCUUCUGGACCUAUAUUUGCAGUCUUCCUCACAUCAAGAAUUUAUAUGGAUUGUUCAAAGGGGAACUCAGUCACAUUGUGCACCGCAACGUCAAACAAGCCCUUAAAUCGAUUAUUUGGGAGAAAAAGUACCGCGAAAUCAUGAAGCAAUGGUUCAAUGUUCUCCCUGAUAAUGAUGGGCAGAAUGAUGGAAUUGCUAAUGAACCCCUUUGUGAUUUUUCCAUUCUUGAUGAUACGGAAGCUCGCGCUUGUCUUGAACUUGGUGGAAAUUGUCUCCCAUUACAGAAUGUCUAUAGAAUGGAGUUCCAAAACGGUAAUUAUUCGUGUUGAUUAACCAUAAUAGCUUUUUGAAUAUAUGUGAAUAUAUUUUUUAUUUAUUCCUUGUUCAGGAAAGAUAGCUUUGACUGUGGUUAACGAAGACAAAAUGUAUGAGACCAUAUACACAAAUGAAACGGUCUAUUCACUUAUUGAGCCCGAGGGAUGCAUUGCUGUGGACAUUUCUCUUGGUAAGGGAGGCACUGAGGCUGUAGUGGAAAGCGUGUAUUCCGCUAUGGGAUCGCAGAAUCAAUUGGGCCCAAUUUCGAAUGAAACCUUAACAUUGAGGUACAGUUCAACAAACUUAGUUUGAAAGAUUAAGCAUUCGUAAAUUAAGUGUAAGAUUAUUAACUUACUUACUGCGUGAUUAUUAAACAAAUAAACAGCUACUUAACAUCCAAAUACAAUUUAAUUUUUGAAGGACAAAAAUUAACUGGUGCAUGCCAACCGCAUUGACGGCCGAGCGAGCAGUGAAGGAAAUUGCGAACAUAUACAUCAAAGGCGACAAAGAAAAGGGGCUAAAGGCCCACAUUUUGCCUGUUAUUCAGAGCGCUGUUCGUGGAAAUCGGUGA